AUGUGUUCAACAAUAAUAAUACUAGCAAUAUUUUCUUUGCUUCUCAUGUUAUUCAAAAUCUCUUUUCGGCCAAAACAAAAGACCAAUUUCCACAAAAAGCCACCAGGUCCAGCAACACUACCUAUAAUCGGAAACCUUCACAUACUAGGCACACUUCCACAUCGAGCACUUCAUUCACUCUCCAAAAAAUAUGGUCCAAUCAUGUCCGUGCAACUUGGUCAAGUCCCAGCUGUUGUUAUUUCAUCUUCAAAAGCAGCAGAGUUAGUUCUCAAAACACACGACCUUGUUUUCGCAAGCCGGCCAAGGAUUCAAGGAGCUGAGCUCGUGAUAUAUGGUUCCAAAGGGUUGCUUUUUUCUGAGUAUGGUCCUUAUUGGCGUAAUGUUAGGAAACUUUGCACUUUGAAACUUCUUAGUGCUUCCAAAGUUGAGAUGUUUGCUCCGAUUAGGAAAGAUAAGUUGUGUGUUUUGGUUAAAUCACUGAAGAAAGCUGCUUUGGUGGGUGAGGUUGUGAAUGUUAGUGAAGCUGUACAAAAUCUUGUUGAAGAUAUUGUAUGUAAGAUGAUAGUAGGUAGGAGUAAGUAUGAGCAAUAUGACAUGAAGAAGUUGGCUAAAGAAGGAAUGGCUUUGAUUGGAGCAUUUAAUCUGGCUGAUUAUAUUCCUUGGUUAGGAGUAUUUGAUCUUCAGGGAUUAACACGGAGUUUCAAGAAAAUCAGUAAAUCAAUUGAUGAAAUACUUGAGAUGAUAAUAGAAGAGCAUGAACAAAUUAAUAAUGUUGAUAAAACUCGUGGUGAAGACUUUGUAGACAUACUUCUUUCUAUUACCCACCAAACUAUUGAUCACGAGAGUGAACAAAAUCAUGAAUUUGAUCGAACUAACAUCAAAGCUAUUUUAGUCGAAAUGAUAGCGGCAUCAAUUGAUACAUCUGCAACAUCAAUUGAGUGGACUUUAUCAGAACUAUUAAGGCAUCCAAGAGUGAUGCAAAUUCUUCAAAAUGAAAUACAAGACAAAGUAGGAAAUACAAAAAUGGUUGAAGAGAAAGAUUUAAAGAUGUUGAACUAUCUUGAUAUUGUGGUUGAUGAAAUCUUAAGACUUCAUCCUGUUGUACCAUUAUUAGCCCAUCGCGAAUCUAGAGAGAACAUCUCAAUUGAUGGUUAUUUUAUAGAGAAAAAGACACGGGUCAUGGUUAAUGCAUGGGCAAUAGGGAGAGAUCCUAAUAUUUGGUCAGAAAAUGCUGAAGAAUUUUAUCCUGAGAGAUUUAUUGAUAAAAAAAUGAAUUAUCAAGGGAAUGAAUUUGAAUCUAUACCAUUUGGUUCUGGUCGGAGGCGUUGUCCUGGAAUUCAUUUGGGUUUAACUACUAUUAAGUUGGUUGUAGCUCAAUUGGUGCAUUGUUUUAAUUGGAAACUUCCAUAUAAUAUUAGUCCUUCAAAUUUGAACAUGGAGGAAAAAUUUGGACUCACAGCACCAAGAGCUCAAAGCUUGCACGCUAUACCGCAUUAUCGUUUGGUUGAUGCAGAAUAUGAAUAA